ACAAUAUAAUCUUAUUUCCUCACACACCACCUAAAGAGAGAUAGAGAACGGUGUUUGUUACCGCUUUUAGGAGAGAGAAAGUUGGUUUCUUUAUUUAGAAGUUUGGAUAGAGAGAGAGAGAGAGAAACAAAGAGAGUUUCGGGGAUGAUGAGUCUGAGAAGAGGAGGAGAGAGACAAGACUCGCCGGCGCCGUACAACGUUGUUCAUAAGCUGCCUCACGGUGACAGUCCUUAUGUCCGAGCGAAGCAUGUUCAGCUUGUGGAGAAAGAUGCGGAAGCAGCGAUAGAGUUGUUUUGGAAAGCGAUUAAAGCGAGAGACAGAGUGGACAGUGCUCUUAAAGACAUGGCGUUGCUAAUGAAACAACAGAACAGGGCAGAGGAAGCUAUUGAAGCUAUUCAGUCUUUCAGAGAUCUUUGUUCUAGACAAGCUCAAGAAUCACUCGACAAUGUCCUCAUCGAUCUCUUCAAGAAAUGUGGGAGAAUAGAAGAGCAAGUUGAGCUGUUGAAGCAAAAGCUUUGGAUGAUAUAUCAAGGAGAAGCAUUCAAUGGCAAGCCAACAAAGACAGCGAGAUCUCAUGGGAAGAAAUUCCAGGUCACGGUCGAGAAGGAAACCUCUAGGAUCUUGGGAAACUUGGGAUGGGCUUACAUGCAGCUAAGAGACUAUACAGCGGCUGAAACCGUGUACCGUAAAGCUCAGGUGAUAGAGCCAGAUGCAAACAAGGCUUGUAACUUAUGCACAUGUCUCAUCAAGCAAGGCAAGCACAAUGAGGCGAGAUCGAUUCUCCUUCGAGAUGUGUUACAGGAGAACAAACAAGGGUUUGUUGAUUCGAGGUUGAAGGUUCGAGUUCAAGAGCUGUUGAGUGAGCUAGAUUCACGUGAAGAAGAAGCAGCUGUUUUCGCUUCUGUGUCUGUGGAAUGUGAAGUUGGUAUGGAUGAGAUCGCUGUUGUCGAAGGGCUUGAUGAAUUUGUCAAGGAAUGGAGGAGGCCUUAUAGGACGAGAAGACUUCCGAUUUUCGAAGAGAUCUUACCACUGAGAGAUCAAUUGGCUUGUUGAUGAUUCUCUUGUGUUUGGAUCGAUGCUUUUCAUACUGAAUAGGAACUUUUUGGUGUAGAACAAAUGUAGUUUACUUCUUGUAAGCUGUUUUUUUUGGUGUAUCUUAUAUCAAAUAUUUGAUGGUUUUCAUUGAUAUAGAAAUACUAACAAAUAAAGGGUCAAUUUUGUUA